AUGCAUAACUCCACAGACAAAUUCACCACACCUGAGUCAUCCACAAACUUCACAACUCCUUUCAUUGGGCUACUGGACCAUCUGGAAAUUUGUAUGUACAGUAUCAAUGUCCUGGUUGGUCUUCCUACACACUUCUAUGUGAUAUGGCUCAUCAUCACAGGAACAGGAAGUGGAAUUGCAUCAGAGUUCUUCAUCCUCAAUCUCUCUGUUUCUGAGAUUUGUAACUCUCUGAACUGCCUUAUCUUUUUACUUUCAAUUUGGUAUUCAAGUCUCUUGAUAUUACAACUAUUUUUAAUAGGAAUCUCCAUCACUGGUAGUCCUCUGUUUCAGUGUCUGAUGUGUGUUGAGCGUUACCUGGCAGUGGUUCAUCCUGUAACCUUUCUUAAGUACAAACCUCUCAGAUAUAGAGUGAUCUGCUCCAUUGUGGUCUGGGUAAUCACUCUCGGUUCUUGUUUGUGCUGCAUAUAUAUUUCAGUUUCAUCCAACAUUAAUGGACAUACAUGGUACAUCAUGCUGCAGUUCAUACUCUAUCUCUCCAUCCAGUUGUUUUGUCUUGUGGCUGUUCUCAGAGCUCUGAAGCAGUCAGGACCAGGAGAGAGAAAGAUAGAGAGGGAAAACCACAUGAAGAGAAGAGCGUUUAAUCUCAUUCUAAUAACUACUGUGAACAUGGUUGUCCUGUAUGUGCCGAGUAUUAUUUCAGCAUUAUUUACCAAUCUGACAAAACUAAAUAUUAAGGGAGUUUGGGCUCCUAGUUUAAUUUGUUAUGUUCUGGCUGGUUUUAUGCAACCUGUUCUUUAUCUGCACCGGAAUGGAAAACUUUCCUGCUUCUGUCCCCAAUAA